AUGGUACGUGUCCUAUUUUUGACGUUCAUUUAUUUGCUUUCGGUCGGGGCAGCCAAGCUCUGUCAAAACGAAACCAACGGCACCUCUCUAAGCCUGUAUUUCAGUGGCAUAGCCGACCUGAUCCUACACGGGUACGGAUACCGGACCUUGGCGGGUAUUUCGGUGAUCCGUUGCGGCAAUUUGUGUCUGUCUGAUACUCGAUGUUCCUCCAUCAACUACUCCGAGCGGGAUAAGGUGUGUGAGCUGAACGGGGCUACAGCGUCGCAGUAUCCGCCGGCUAUGGUGGAGUGGAACGAUAGCUACUAUUAUGGACCGGAGGAGCCGAUGUUUAUGAGACAGCUCAAGCUAAUCCGAACCCAUACACGAGCUACACCUCGUCGCACAGAUUCGCACCACUCUGCCUCGUCUGAGUGUCAAAAAGCCAACCAGCACCUGUGUCAACCAUGGGAGAUACAUCAAGUCUAUGAGACUGGCUACUACCGAGACAUACAUGUACCUAUUGCUACCAGCUUCUGGUACUCUGUACCUGAUAGCAAGAUCCUGGUGAACGCGACUGGACUGACCUAUCUCUCGCAAAGGAUCGACACAGAUCCAAUCAUUACGAGUCAGAACUACCACCAGGCUGACCGUGUUGGGCAGGCACAGGCUUGCUCCGCAUUAGACGCUCACCCCUGUACACUGGCAGAGUUGAAGGAGGCAUACUUGAGAGGCUAUCGACAACCAUACAGCCAAUGGCUUUACUUCUCGGUACCCGAACGUGAUGCCCAACUGUACAACGAUGGCUGUUGUGGAUACUCAGGUGACGAGUGCUAUGAGGGCAUUGUAGCAAACACACCGAGGCCACGUUACUCUUGUCCGGUGUUCUGCUGCCCAACGUUGAGUGAAAAGGUCUCUUCUCCUGAGCGUUCUUCUCCUGCCAUGUGCUGCCCCGGGCUCAUCAUCCCUCGAGACCCCAUCAUCACAGAAGAGGUGUACGCUAAGGAAGACCGUGAUGUGAUGGCGAGUGCUUGCUCUGCUCUGCAAUCUCACCUGUGUACCCUUGCCGAGUUGAAAGAAGCCUACAUGCAAGGGUACCGUCAACCUCAUAGCCACGAGCACAACUGCGAGGAAAUCUGGCAUUAUUUUGCAGAGCCCAACCAAGACGCCAUACUGUUCAAUGACGGAUGUGGUCUGUAUACAGGGAACGUAGAUGAGUGCUAUGAAGACAUUGUGGCACACACCCCGAGGCCUUAUAACAAUGGUCGAGUGUUCUGCUGUCCGCGGCUUCUUUAAAGCCAUUAUACACUUUCGGAACAGAAAAAAAAAAGUUCACAGAUUUACA